AUGGACGAUAAGAGAAGCUCCGCAGCCGCAACAGUUUCUAUACAGAGAUUUCGCGCUUUCCUUUGCGUAGGAAUCUCAGGCUUUGUUUUCUACAACCCAACUUCUGCUAUACAAGAACGCUCAGCUCUGGUUUGUGAAAAUAGUCUGCUUACACUGGACUGUGAAAAGAAAACAGGAGUGAUUCGCAUCUCAAAGGCAAACUACGGAAGAUUAAAUUUGGGGACCUGUAACAGCCUUGGCACCAUUGAGGGAUGGAAUUUGAGAUGUAUACAGCCAAACUCCAAAGGAAUUGUAGCAGAAAGGUGUGAUGGUCAUCCCAAAUGCAGCAUUACGGCUUCUAGUGAGGUUUUUGGAGACCCCUGUGUUAACACAUUUAAGUAUCUACAGGUUUACUACAGAUGUGAGCCCAGAACACCCCCAUACACCACUGAAAGUACCACUGGGACCACGACAACCAGGAAAGCCAUCACCACCACUCCACUGCGGCGUGUCUGUGAUGCGGUGUACAUUGAAGGGAAGAACUGGCCGUACACCAAUGUGGGAGAUGUAGCGUCCAUGAAAUGUCCGCCACCAAAAGUGGGCACCGUGACCUGGAGAUGUACAGGACGGGGCUGGCUUGGGGAGAGGCCAGACGACUCCAAAUGUGAGCUACCUGUUACAGAAAGUCCCUCAGGAGAAACAACCACCCAAAAGAUACGAUUCUGUGAAAUGACGGUGAGCCAGGGGAUAAUCUGGCCCCAGGUGAGGGUGGGGAAGGAGGUAGAGAGGCCUUGUCCUGAGGGUAAACUUGGGAAAGUGACCUGGAAAUGUACCGGAGCAGGCUGGCAGGGAGAGAGACCUGACGAAUCCAUGUGUCAACUCCCUAUUAGAGCCCCUAUUGUUUGUGAAAACAGUGUCCUUACACUGGACUGUGAAAAGAAAAAAGGAAUUAUUCGCAUCUCAGAGGCAAACUACGGAAGAAUAAAUUUGGGGACCUGUAAAAGCCAAAAUACAACUGAUGAAGAUGUGAGAUGUAUACAUCCGGAAUCCAAAAGAAUUGUAGCAGAAAGAUGCGAUGGUCAUCCCGAAUGUAACAUUACGGCUUCCAGUGAGGUUUUUGGAGACCCUUGUGUUAACACAUCUAAAUACCUACAGGUUAACUACAGCUGUGAGCCCAGAAGUAAGCACACCGUUACCUACUUUGAAUAA